AUGAACAAUACUGUUAGUUGCUGGCUACACUUACAACCAGGCGAAACUCUCUUAUAUCACGUCGGGACAAUCUGUUGGAAUUACGUUUUACACACCACGUGGACUACAUUUCUCAUCUGAUAUGUUUGAUGUAAAAGCUGCUGAGCGCAACGACGUGUACUGUUUGCUGUGCCACAAGCCACAGGACAACCUCCCUGUUCACCUGGCCAGGGAGUGCAUGAAGAAAAGCACACCAGAAGAAAGAGCGCCUGAGGUGCAGAAGGCCAGGGCUUCCAACAGAGACUGGAUCCGCAGCAACAGGACCUGGGAUUAUAAGCAGCUAUGUGAGCUCCUGUCUGAUAGACGCUCGCGGAUCACCAUGGUGAAGGAGCUUCUCCGGCGUGGUUUUUUCAUCAAGAACCAGCCCCAGGAGUCUGACGUGACGCUAGACCCUGACGAUAACUCUGCCACCACUGCCCCUGCCACCACUACGAUGACCACCACUGCUGCCGCUGCCAGAUCUGCCACAUCUUCAACACGAGAGGCUGACUAUUCAUCGUCUUCAUGUGUAUCUGAUGAGGAAGACGGCAGAACAAAGUCCUCCUCUGUGUGGAUGAAGAUGAAAGGGGCAGGUCUGCAUCAAAAGUUCCCUUCUCAGGCCAAGCUCCUAGUGGACUUUAAAAAGUACCUGACUGAGGCACUGAGGGUUCCACACUGGCAACAGCAGGUGGACAACGUGUCUCGCUUUUUGCGGUACAUGCAGCCCACUGGGGACGAGCCGACUCUGGACUUCCUGUCCAAAAGCACAGAGACCGAGGAGUUUGUGAAGACCCUUCAGCACACUAAGAUGAAUGCAGCCACCAUCCUUAAAUAUUUCAAGAGCAUUUACAAGUUCUUGGAAUACCUGUUGACAAGGGUGGAUCUUCAAAGAGCAGACUCACAGCUUCAGAGCAGCUGCAAGAACUACCGGCAACUGCUGAACACUCUGCGGAAGACCGUAUACAGUAACAAGACGUGUGAUACCAGACACAGACAGGAUGUUGAUGGAGUGCCCAGCAUUACAGAUUGCCAGAGGAUUUUGAGAGUGGCAGAGCCAGACUUCUUGAGGAUCAAUGGGAAUCUGCAGAAUGGAUUAGCGCUCUCAAAUACAGAGAAGACGAUGUACCGCUACUACUGUGAAGCGCUCUUGGUCUUCUGCCACAUGCAGCGUCCUCAAGCUGUGGAAAACUUGACAGAUGCAGAGUGGGUGAAGAGAAUUCAACACGGUGGCAGGGUUGUGACUGGGACUUCCAGCAUGCAGAUUGCGUUGACGCUAGAUGAGGAAGCUUGGUUUCAGAUGUACUACAAGCAGAUCAGGCCUGACAGCAUUCGGCAUGGAAAGUUCUCCAGAGGUUUUUUCCUUUCAUCGUCCGGCGAGGCUGUUCACAGCGUCUCACAAGACAUGAACCACUUCCAUGAAUUGUACAAACUCUCCACCUCAAAGAGUCAGGAUGUGCGGAGGGCUGUUGAGACGGCUGCAAAAAACCUCACGGCGGACCAACAGAAGGCCAUAAGGAUUUACCUGGCUUGUGGCACUGCAGAUUCUAAAAUGCUGCAGCCUCACAAAAUUGUGGACACAGCCGUGCUGCUGGAUUCCUUGUCUGGCAAGAGUGAAGAAACUUCUGCAGCAGCUACAUCUGACGUCAUCAUGGGGCAACACACUUUCCAGAAAGACUUUUCUGCCUUUGUGGCCAGAUUCCCAGUUUCACUGGAGGGCCAGCCACCGUGCAAAAAGCAGCGGGUCGACUCUGGAUAUCCUGAAGACGCCACCUUUUACCUCAAGUGGCGAGCUUCCCAGUAUGCGAAGCGAUUGGAAUAUCUGAUGUAACACUUUACUCUUCGCAAGCCAACAGCCGCAACAGUGGCAAGGCAUAUUGCCAAGGAGGGUUGGAAGGCCAACUAUCCGAAGCCUGAAAAGAUCCAAUGGUUGUGGAAACCGGCUCCCAAGCGCACCAUUGAAACAGACACAUUUAUAAUAAGAUGCGUUUCUGAGCAGGUCUGGCCAGGCCUGGCCAUAAAGGACUUUGGUGCUGAACAAGGUCAUGGAGUGGUUGCAACCCGUCCAUUUUCCAAAGACGAGAUUGUGUGCGAUUUCCAUGGAAAGUUAAUCACAGGUGCUGAGGGGGAGGCAUUGCUGGAGGGCAUACACAAUGAGGCCAUGUGCUUGUUCUUCUUCAAAGUCGGACAGCGCAGCCUGUGCAUUGAUGCCCAGACCGUCCCAUGCGAGUGCCACCCUGGCGCAAAGACGAUUGGCAGGAGGAUUAAUCAUUCUUCUAAGAGGCCUAAAAUAAAACCCUUUCAGUGCGUGUUGAAGAUCAAUGGAGAGGACAGGCCUGUCAUUCUCUUCAAGGCGGUGCAGGACAUCAGCAUUGACGCACAACUGACAUUUGACUACGGAGUGGGCAGAAUGUAUUUCAGAGAAGAAGCCCACUACCUGACAUGGCUGGAUAACCAGCCAUUCCUAGACUUCCUUUCAAACUACACUUUCUCCCCUCCUGACAGGCUGCACGAAGGUGAAUGAGUAGGUCUCACAAACCAUUCGUCUUUUGCCUGCCACAAAAACCCUACACGCACUUACAGUGAGCAGACAAACUUAUGCCAAGAUAAGUUCAAAUAUUCAUCUUCAUGAUGUCUUUUUCUGUAUUCUUCUUCUGAUUGUCAUUUCUUUCUAUAUGUGAUGCAAUCUGGGAAGACCGUCAGAUGUCGCACUGGGACAUUUUUCAAGAAUAUAUGUCAAAAUGUAGGUUGGAUGUUAAAAUGUCAAAAUUGUGUUUGCAUUAAAUUAUUAUUCUAUAACAUAAUUUCUAUCGUCUCUGAAAAUGUCUUGGCAAAAUUCACUUGUUUAUUGCUGAAAAAUGGCGGUUUGUAGUUGCAAGAUGAUGU